UUUUCAAUUAUUUUAUUUUAAAAUAUUUUUAUUUUAUUAUAACGAAUAAAUAUUUGUAUAUUUUCUCUAAUUUAAAUAUCGCAUUACCAUAAAUUAUUUGAAGAUUCCAAAUGAUAUACAAAUCAUUCAAAUUAUUUAAAUCAAUUCAUCACAUAACUCUAAAUUAAAUUUAAAUUCAUUAUAAUACAACAAUUAUUUCAUUACCUUAAUUAUAAUAAAAUGACCAAGUCAAGCAAAAACGAUUCUAAACUUAAAAAACCUAAAAAGAACAAAUCCAAGCCAGAUAAAUCAACCAAGAAAACAAGGUCCAAGAAGAUAAUUAAAAUAUAUGACCGGAAGCCUAACAUAAAAAAGGGUUUGAAAUCCUAUGCGUUUGUGAACCUCCGUAGGAUUCCAGUUCCUCCUAAUCGAAUGACUCCGUUACAGAACAACUGGGAAAACAUAGUCAGAACAGUUGUAGAGCGCUUGGAGUUACAAAUACGUAUGUGUACUAAGACGAAGUGCGUUGAAGUCAGACCUUCCCGUGAAGGGAUGGAUUUAUCACUUCUUCAGAAGGCUCAGGACUACUUAAGAGCAUUCAUGCUAGGAUUUGAGCUUAAGGAUGCCGAGGCAAUACUAAGGCUCGAGGAUAUAUUUAUAGAAAGCUUUGAAAUAAAUGAUGUUAAAAGGCUCCACGGAGAUCAUUUAUCCAGGUGUAUUGGGAGGAUUUCAGGCAAGGAUGGGAGGACUAAACAUGCUAUUGAGAACAUGACCAAGACUAGAGUUAUCCUGGCCAAUAAUAAGAUACACAUAAUGGGAAGUUUCAAUAGCAUUAAGCUUGCUAGGCACUCAAUUUGUAGCCUAAUACUGGGCAGUCAACCGGGAAAAGUAUACAAUAAUCUAUGCAAUUCUGCAAAAAGGCUAAGAGAAAGGAUUUAGAAGCUAAUAAUUGAAAAUUUAAUAUAUUAUUAAUU